UGCCAUGUCCUACGGACACAGCUGAUCACGGGAUGUGGUAAAAGGCCAAUCACAUCGGCCUUUUACCACGUGAUCAGCCGUGUCCAAUGACACGCUGAUCACCGGGAAAUGCAAUUGCCGGGCACUGAUGCUCAGUGCCCUGAUGAUCAGUGCCCAGCAGUGCCACCCACCAGAUUCACCCCAACACCUGUGCCCAGCAGUGCACCCACCUGUGCCCAGAAGUGCAGCCCAGCAGUUGCACCAAUGCCUAGCAGUGCCGCCAGUCAGUGCCCAGCAGUG